AGUAGCAGAGAAUUGAUCCAUGUGGGUACCCUCUUGGCCUGGCCCUCCCUGACUGAGGGGUGCGGGAGGCGCUGCGCGCAGGGCCCUCCCGCAGGAGGGGCGUGGGGUGCGGAGGGCGUGGGCCAGGGGCGGGGCGAACCCCAGCUAGGGUGCGCAGGGAGCUGUCAGAGCCCGGCUCGGCUGAGGAGCAAGAGGAAGUGAUCGCUCCCGCAGGAGCGCGAGCCGCGCGGCCUCGCAGCGUGAGACAGCACAUCCUGCCCGCCCAGCCGCCCGCCAGCCUGCACGAGCCCGGAGCCCCGAGCCCUGAGUCUUGCCUCUGCUGCGCUGAGCGUCCAGGAAACCAACAUGUCUGACAAAAGUGACUUGAAAGCUGAAUUGGAGCGCAAAAAACAGCGCUUGGCACAGAUUAGAGAAGAGAAGAAACGUAAGGAAGAGGAAAGGAAAAAAAAAGAGGCUGAUCUGCAGCAGAAGAAAGAGCCGGUCCAGGAUGACUCGGAUCUGGACCGCAAGCGUCGGGAGACGGAGGCCCUGCUGCAGAGCAUCGGGAUCUCCCCCGAACCCCCACUAGUCCCAACCCCUAUGUCUCCCUCCUCGAAAUCAGUCAGCACUCCCAGUGAAGCUGGAAGCCAGGACUCGGGAGAUCUGGGACCGUUAACAAGGACCCUGCAGUGGGACACAGACCCCUCAGUGCUCCAGCUGCAGUCAGACUCAGAACUUGGAAGGCGACUGCAUAAGCUGGGGGUGACGAAGGUGACCCAAGUGGAUUUCCUGCCACGGGAAGUGGUGUCCUACUCCAAGGAGACCCAGACCCCGCUUGCCACACAUCAAUCUGAAGAGGAUGAGGAAGAUGAGGAAAUGGUGGAACCUAAAAUUGGCCAGGAUUCAGAAUUGGAAAAUCAAGACAAAAAGCAGGAUGUGAAGGAAGCCCCUCCCAGAGAGCUGACAGAGGAAGAGAAGCAGCAGAUCCUGCAUUCCGAGGAGUUCCUCAUCUUUUUUGAUCGAACAAUCCGAGUCAUUGAGAGAGCUCUGGCAGAAGACGCGGACAUCUUCUUCGACUACAGUGGUCGAGAAUUAGAGGAGAAAGAUGGGGAUGUCCAGGCUGGAGCCAGCCUUUCUUUCAAUCGCCAGUUCUAUGACGAGCAUUGGUCCAAGCACCGAGUGGUCACUUGCAUGGAUUGGUCUCUCCAGUACCCUGAGCUGAUGGUCGCUUCUUACAACCACAAUGAAGAUGCUCCCCAUGAACCAGAUGGAGUGGCCUUGGUUUGGAACAUGAAGUUUAAGAAAACCACCCCAGAGUAUGUCUUCCAUUGUCAGUCCUCUGUGAUGUCAGUGUGUUUUGCCCGUUUCCAUCCGAACCUGGUAGUUGGUGGGACGUACUCAGGCCAGAUUGUCCUCUGGGACAAUCGCAGUCAUCGAAGGACACCAGUGCAACGGACGCCCUUGUCAGCAGCUGCACACACACAUCCUGUGUACUGUGUAAAUGUUGUUGGGACCCAGAAUGCUCAUAACCUCAUCACUGUCUCCACUGAUGGGAAAAUGUGUUCUUGGAGCCUGGACAUGCUCUCCACGCCACAGGAGAGCAUGGAGCUGGUGUACAAUAAGUCGAAGCCUGUCGCUGUUACCGGAAUGGCUUUCCCAAUGGGAGAUGUCAAUAACUUUGUGGUUGGCAGUGAAGAGGGCACAGUCUACACAGCUUGUCGUCAUGGAAGCAAGGCAGGCAUUGGUGAGGUCUUCGAAGGUCACCAAGGACCAGUGACGGGAAUUAACUGCCACAUGGCAGUGGGCCCCAUCGAUUUCUCUCACCUGUUUGUCACUUCAUCAUUUGACUGGACUGUCAAACUGUGGACCACAAAGCACAACAAGCCACUCUACUCCUUUGAAGACAACGCGGACUACGUGUACGAUGUCAUGUGGUCCCCCGUGCACCCCGCACUCUUCGCCUGCGUCGACGGGAUGGGGCGCCUGGACCUCUGGAACCUCAACAACGACACGGAGGUUCCAACAGCGAGUGUCGCCAUUGAGGGGGCAUCUGCCCUGAACCGCGUCCGUUGGGCCCAGGCUGGCAAGGAGGUCGCAGUGGGGGACUCUGAAGGCCGCAUUUGGGUCUACGACGUCGGAGAGCUUGCAGUGCCACACAAUGACGAGUGGACCCGGUUCGCCAGGACGCUCGUGGAGGUCCGCGCCAACAGAGCCGACAGCGAGGAGGAGAGUGCAGUGGAGCUGGCUGCCUAGGGGCCAUGAGCGCCCCCACCGCAGCCCCCCCCUCAGCUUCCAGGGCUCGGCAUCUCCAGUUGAGUCGACCGCCUUCCAUGUCCAUCCAGUAUCAGUGUUGCUGUGGCGUUUGGGGCGUAGUCGUCGUGCCUGCCUUGCGCCAAGUAUCCCGGGUGUGUCCUGCCGUGCCAACCACAGACCCGAAAUCACCAGAGUAUUUGUGUCUCACAACGAGGGAGAGGGGGGUGGGAGGGAACCUUUACCGGCCUAGCUGUUGCCUUUUAACUACUUAGUAGCUGUAUUUAAUAGCUGGAAACCUCUGGUUCAAUUUGUGCUUACAUGCACUUCUGGCGCAGUUCUAUUAAAUCCAUAUGAAGCCAGAUAUGAUUGGGUACAGAUGCGGCGUGCCUCAUGCUAUGGUAGCGGGCCAAAGCCUUGCGAUGUGGUCUUUUGCGCGGUGACGCACGCUAUGAAUGGAUUUACUAGGAGAACAUUGCUGCUCCUUAUUUAUUGUAGUGUGCUGCAUGGAACAUAUUUAUUUGAAAGUAUUAAAAUAAACGAUCCCGGAGCAUGUGCAUAAUGAGAGGACUGUAUUCUCCCUGCUGCUCUGGAGGUUACGUUAAGUUCCAAAUCAGAAUUACUGUAUGCCAGUUCCGCCCAGGACCCAGAGUCCUCAGAGGUUGGUUGUAGUGAAUAGAAUGAAUUUUUAAUGCCUAUUAUUGCUAGGUACUUGAGCGAUAUUUCAAAUAGAGUUCACCAUUGAUACUUGUCGUUCACACAGUCUUGACAAGAGUCUGUAGUUCCUAAAUAGGACCAGAAUUGCUAAUAAAACAUUCCAAUCC